AUGUUCAAAGAGGCCGAUACCUCAGGCCCAUCUCCGGAGCUGGAUGCUGCUUGGGACAAACUCAUCGAUGAGCGCCAUUUCAUGCUGGUCCCUGAUGAAGACUUUCCCAAGUCUGAGUUUAGAGCUAGAGAGCCCCUCCGGGCUUCGACCUCUACUCAGAAUGGUACUCUGGCCGUGUUCGAGUAUGUCCACGCCUUGCAUUGCGUGCACCUGAUGUGGAAGCAAACAUGUCCCGAGUACUACAAAGAAGAUCACAUGAAGAUGAAGAACGACCCGAAGUGGCAACACGCCCACAUCAACCACUGCGGGGACUUCUUGAAGCAGUACAUUCUCUGCAACGCCAACUUCGCGUUCAACACGUACUCCUUCAACGAGACACGCGGUGGCGCCGACGUGGAUAUUGUGUCAUCGCACACGUGCAUUGACUUGGAUGCCGCGGACGACUACGCGAACCGACACUACGUCAAUGGGUCUGAGCUGGCCAUCGCUACCGGCAAAGAGAUCACUGCCGAUGUAUUUUGA